UUGUUAUUGACAGUGGUUAAUCAGUAAUCAUCUUCUUUAUGAUUUGGUCGCGCGUUAAUAUCAACACCACUGAGUAUAAAAGGUACCACAUGUCACACACAGCAAAACACAUUAAUUUUGUUGCAUGAUCAGGGUGACGCGACUUUGGCCGAUACCAGAACUCCGUUUUAUAGCCACUAUAAUUAUAGGAAAAACUCGACUGUUCCUUCUUUCGUCAUGAAUGUGUUUGUGUUGACGCUUUGCCUGGCUUUUGGAGUCUGUCUGAUUGGUGACUGCAAUGCAGAGAGUGAAGGGUAUUCGAAACCAGACUUCUGUACCGACGCUAUCAUGGACCAAGACUGCCGUGCAUUGGGCAUACACAACGUGUGCGCUAGAGGUCAAACCUACUCCAACCUGUGCAUACUGUGUCUAGUUUGCGAACGAGACCGUCUGAACGUGUUGUCAUACACCGAUGGGAAGUGUAAUUAAUAGACAUCAGUCUGCAUGCAGCCACUCCCGUCCUAUAAGCUUUUAACAACUCCAUGAGAUCUUCCUAGAUUUAUUCUGGCUGAGUGAGUCCAGUGGAUAUAUAUUUUAAAUUUUAUAUUUUAAUUCUUCGUACAAGCAAAACAA